AUGGCUUCGUCUUUCACCACCGAGGCUUUCUCGCUGCUUAGUGUGGGCAUUGUGGCCAUUGCACUAAGAAUCAUCGCUCGUACAACGUCGGUGGGCGUGAGGGACCUUCAGUUCGAUGAUUACCUCAUGUGCGGUGCCGCUGUCAUCUAUUCCCUCGAAACCGCAACGGCGUACAUCGUGGGUGCCUGGUGGCUGGGUCUGGCGAACAACGGCAUGACGGACGAGCAGCGGCGAACGCUGGACCCCCACUCGCACGAAUACCACCUGCGCGUCGGCGGCUCCAAGACGCAGCUGGUCGGAUGGAGCUUGUACACGCUGUUGCUGUGGACGCUGAAGCUGUGCAUGUGCCAUUUCUACUCGCGCUUGACGUUGGGCAUCUACCAUCUAGAAAUACGCGUGAAGAUUGGCUACGUCCUCAUCGCCGCGACGUACCUUGCCACAGAACUUUCCAUCCUGCUUGGCUGCCAGCCAUUCAGCAACAACUGGCAGAUCUACCCCGAUCCCGGCAAUCAUUGCCAACCCGCCAUCUCGAAGAUCGACCUCUACGUCACCGUCGUCCUCAACGUCCUGACGGACGCGUACCUCAUGUCCAUCCCGCUGCCCAUGCUGUGGAGAGCGAACCUAGAGAUCAAGCGUAAGCUAUCGCUGAUCCUGAUAUUCGGUGGCGGCGUCUUCGUCAUGAUGGCCGGUAUCCUACGAUGUGCAUUGGUCAUCAAGGACCCCAUCCACGGCGCCCAAGCCGCCGGCAGCUGGGCCUGCCGCGAAACCUUCGUGGCCGUCAUCAUCGGCAACGCGCCCAUGAUCUACCCGCUCUUCCGCCGCGGCGUCGAGAGAGUCUACCACUACUCGUCGUCCAGCCGCUUCUCCGGCCGGCCCUACGGCGACAACGGCCCCGCAUCAUCGUCGAACGGCGGCGGCGGCAAUUCGCUCCCGCUGAAGAGCAGCCUGUCCAAGCCGGCGCGCAGGGGCAAGCUGCGUAGCGUAAACGCGCUGCCGACGACCUUCCACGAUGACGACUACGGCGACGACGUCGAGCAGGGGGCUGAGGAGGGCUGGGAUAGUAAGCAGAGGAUCGUUGUCGUGGGUAGCAGGGAGAUUGUCGAUGGAGAUGGAGAGGGUGGGCGUAAUGGGUCGGUGGCUUCGUCGUCGGUGAUGGAUGCUGUUGUUGUCGGGGGGACCGUUGUGGUGGAAAGAGGAGGAGAAGAGGCUGAGGGUGGGCAGGCAGUUGGCCGGCAGUUCGACAGCAUGAAGGGCGGCGCGACGGGGAGGGGGAGGAGCGAUAGCGAUGCGUUGGGCGGGAUAAGGGUUACCAAGGAAGCAACAGUGAGGUCGGAGGAGAGGGUCAACUGUGAUGGUGGUGGGGAUAUAGGAGGACUAACCACUAUGAUCUAUGGCGCUGGAGAAGUUGCUGUGCGUCAAGGGACUAGAUCACCAAGUCCGCCGCAUGCUACUUAUGAUGGUAGCAGCAUCACUAUCGUGCAUAGUAAUAUGCAGGUCAAUAAGACGGCAGAGGUGAUAGGAACAAGUGGGAACAGGUUCGACUAUAGGGGUGCGGAGGGGCUGGAGUACACGGCGCACGUGUGA